ACAAAGUGAACUAAAAGAGCAAGAAAUAAGCUCAGGUCUAUAAUACCCAUUUCACAUUCAAUCUUCACAUCCCAAUCAAAAUUCGAUCUUUGACCUAGGGUUACAAUCGAAAUUCGAUCCCCAAUUUUUCUCUCUCUCUUUCCUCACUUUCUCUCUCACCGAACAACAAUGGCGUUGCGUAGAUUCAUCAACGAGCUUCGAGGUGUUACAGUGAAGGAAGUUCCCGACAAGGUGAAGCCUAUGCUAUCUUUCUCCUACCUCAAGGAAUCAUUCGCCAAAGGAAUCGACAGUUACCAUGCUAAAUACAUCGAGACUGAUUCAAUCAUGCCUCUUUACCAUGUUUGCUUUGGUGGUAUGGCCUUCUCUUACCUUGUUGCUCUUCCCGAGGAACGCCGUCAUCUUGAGCAUGCCCAGAAACAUGGUCAUUGAUCUCCCUCCUUUUU